GUCUCUAUCGAGCUCUGGUAAUGGCGGUUUCAUCACCUCCAGUCCGCUUUCCUCUUCGUCUCACCACCACCACCACCGACCGUCUCGGUUCGUGUUGCCUCAUCAGCCCUGCUACAAAAACCACCACUCGACGGCGGCCAGCGAUUAGGACUUUCUCAUACAAAUCGAAUAGUAGAUCGGCGAGUGACCAGAAUAGAGAAUUACUGGAAAAAUACGGUCUCAAUCCUGACGAGUUCUUAUCCGAACCAUCUCCAAAGACAAGGAGGAGAAAGGAGCUGCAAAAGACUGGAGGAGGGAAUCAAGUCUCACCAGAGAAAUCCAAGCCACCCCGGGAGACCCAUAAAUUGCUACAGGUGCUUGGAGGAAAAGCUCGAAGGAAGAAAUUGCUAUCACCAAAGGGUAUGGAUGUACGACCAAUGAUGGAAGUUGUAAAAGCUGCAGCCUUUGGUAUUUUGCAGGCGGCUGGUGGCUGUCCUGCUUCUUUAAGGUCAGGUCGCUGGUUAGACUUGUACAGUGGCACAGGAUCUGUUGGUAUUGAAGCUAUCAGCCGAGGAUGCUCCGAGGUGCAUUUUGUUGAGAUGGAUCCUUGGGUUGUUUCAGAUGUUCUACGACCAAAUUUAGAAUGGACUGGGUUUCUUGAUGUCUCUGUGAUACACCCUGUUCGUGUUGAAAAUUUUCUCGAACGGGCAGAGCGAAUUAUAGGUGGGCCAUUUGAUUACAUUAGUGUCACACCUCCAUAUACACAAGUGGAUUAUGGAGUCCUGAUGAAUCAAAUCUCAAGUACGUCUGUAGUUGGAGAGGAUACCUUUAUAGUAGUGGAGUACCCAUUAAGAACUGACAUGCUGGAUUCAUGUGGGUCUCUUGCAAAGAUAGCUGAUCGGCGGUUUGGCCGGACACACCUAGCAAUAUAUGGACCCACAUGGGCACAGAAGAAGAGAAAGUCGGAGGGGUUGUAGCAGGAGAAGUUAGUGGAAAUGGAUAAUGGAUGAGUGUAGUGGAAUUAAAUUGAUCUCCACUGAAUGCCAUUUCGUGUUGCUGAUGCUUUAUUGUUCACUGCACUCAACAUUUAAUCAACUUACAUCAGCUUCCAGAGGUCUUCAUGGUGCAUGUCUUUGGUUCUUUCAGCAAUCCUUGGCUGCUUAAUAAGUACAAAGAGAUCAAAUUAAUCUGAUCCCAAGGUCAACUGAGUUUGCACUGAAUAUACAAUGGAAUUGAGAAUUGUGUAGUCAGCUUACUGUCAGGAAGUUCAGUCGAAGCUUGAAGCUCUGGUCAGAUUAAUUUGUUUUAAAGAAGUCAGAUGCAGAUUGAGCUGGAUCUAAUUAGCAGAUGCUCCUCUCCGAUCCCUCAUAUUAUGCUAAUCAUUAGUAUUGAUCUUCUUCAAGUUCAAAUCACAUUCUUUUGUUGAUGAGUCUUCCUUUUUUGGUCUCUGUUAUGUAGCAAUCUUUUACUGGUAUAGUUUGCACUUUAGUUUCUUUCUCUCCCUCUUUUUUUAAUCUGUCAACUUCAAAUUGUCUUUGUAGAUUUGAAAGCCUGAUAGAUUUCCUGGGACCAUUGAAUGAUGGCCUCUGAUUCCUACAUGUACAAGGAACAUAAUGGUAAAGAAACUGGUGUAUUUUAUGGUAUGUGAGCUUUAACAGAUACACAUUCCCGACAUUGUUGAGACAGUUGCCCACAAGUAUCUUUCAACUCCUA